AUGCCUCAUUUAAACCCGGCCCCCUGAUUUGCAAUUUUACUAUUCUCAUGACUGGUAUUCCUUACCAUCAUCCCAACUAAAGUAAUAAGUCAUACAUCACCUAACGAACCGAUUACUCUGGACUCCGAAAAACACAAAACUGAACCCUGAAACUGACCAUGGCAAUAA